GUAACGUUGUAACCAGUUAUGUUUGACCCGAGAACCAAAACCUGUUCUGCUCUCCCCUCUCUCUCUCUCUCUCUCUCUCUCUGCGCUUUGGCAUUCUGUGUUUUUAUAACCCAACCCGUACCUCACUCUGAAUUCCCAAUUCCACACAGGCAACCACCAAAAUUAAAAAAAAAAAAAAAAAAGAACCACAUACCAUCUCUCCUUCCCAUUCUAAGCCCCCCAACCAUGGCCUUGAAGAAUGUUAGGGUAUUCUUCCUCGCUCUCCUCCUCCUCGCCUCUCCUUUCCUCCAAGUUGCUAGGUGUCAAUCGGAUUCGGAUGUGGAAGCUACUGAGGCUGUUGAAGAAGUGGGUGAUCUUGGGAUCGUAGGUGAGGACGUCCAAGAUUUUGGUGAUGAGAAUUUCAGUCCAGCUCCUGGAGUUAGUACAAUCUGUGUUUUCCCAAAGAAUAGUGCUCGAGUGGUGCCAGCUGGAGAAGAGACUGAGCUGCUGGUUGGAAUGAAAAACGAUGGGGAGUCAACUGUGAAUGUCAUUGCAAUCAAGGCCAGCAUUCAUCUUCCUUUUGAUCAUCAGCUUCUGGUUCAAAAUCUUACUGCACAGGCUUUCAACAACGCUUCAGUGCCAGCUUCAGCACAGUCUACAUUCCCAUACAUAUUUGCAGUCAGCAAGUUCUUGCAGCCUGGAACCUUUGACCUUGUGGGCACCAUUGUAUAUGAAAUUGACCAGAAUCCUUACCAGAACACCUUCUAUAAUGGUACCAUUGAAGUUGUUGAGGCUGGUAAUCUUCUCAGCAUCGAGUCUGUUUUCCUUGUUACGCUUGGAAUUGCACUUCUUGUCCUCCUUGGGGUAUGGGUUCGUGGUCAAAUAAAGAACCUUUCCAAGAAAACUAAAAGGGCUCCCAAGGUGGAAGUUGGAACUAAGACUACAGAUGCCUCAAUGGAUGAGUGGCUUCAGGGAACUGCAUACACGCAGUCAUUGUCCAGCAAAUCAAAGAAGAAAAAGUAGAUAAGCAUUCUCAUCUGGUUCAGCUGCACAGGCGACUUCACUAAAGUGCAGACUCCAGUGACUCGCUAGGCAUUUGGAGAUUUUCAGAGAACUCAAAAAAUUGAAGUAGUCUUGAAAAGCAGACCAGAAAAGACUUGUCUUGCUGUUUGUAGUUUGUCAAAGAAAAUUUUUAAUUUAAAGUUUCUUGGAGAUGAA